AUGACCUGUGUGGAGACAUGGGUCUUGUCCCCCGUUGGGCCCGCCUUCGCCAGCCCAAAGUCCGACAGCUUGGCGAGGAAAUCCUGCGCAAAGUCAACGCCCGACAUUGGAGGAUUCCUUUUCCCAAAAACGGAAGCUCAUGAGCUCCGGCAUCUUCUCUCUCCAGCCUACCGCAUCAAGAAGGAUGUUCGAAGCCUUCACGUCCCGGUAUAUCACUUGGGACUCGGAGUCGUGGAGGAACGAGAGCCCCCUGGCGGCUCCGACAGCGACUUUGAGCCUUAUUGCCCAGGAAAGCGGCUGGGAGCCUCCUGAAAGAGGAAAUGUUACGUCAAAUAGCAUCAUGGUCUUAGAUUCUUAAUGUUCCAUAUUUAGAAGAAAACACCAUCAUCAUCAUCAGCAUCAUCAUCAUCAGCAUCUAAAGGACAGGAAGAUCUCCCAAUGAAAUUUAUGCUUGGAGCAUGGUUUUGAGUCCUUGAUUUCCCAUACUUAGAAGAAAACAACGUCACCAUCCAUCAUCUAAAGGGCAGGAAGAUCCGUCGAUUAAGCUUGCAGCAUGGCAGCGAAUACAGAGUCAACUCAACUGGUCGUUCCUGGUCAACUCAAGGUUUGGCUUGUGAAACUUGGUGCAAUCUACCGAUUAAUACGUGUAAUUAAUUGGCAUUGUUAGAGAUCCACAUAUCUCAGCAGAUGAUGGAUGGGACCAUAAUCUUCCUUACUCUAAUGAUAAGAGAGAAGAUCUGAUCAACAUCUCAGAAGAUGGGGGCUUCAAGAACAGUGCUGAGGUAAGCUAUAGAAAAAUAAAAUUAAAUCGUGUAUAUUUAAUUUAUGAGAAAAAUAUUAGGGGGGUGGGGGGGGGGAUGCUUACUUCUGAACAAGUGAUUCUCCAAGCUCCCUUUGGACAUGAAUUCAUAAACCAGCAGCCGGUUGUCACCCUCCGAGCAGUAUCCAAUCAGUUUGACCAAAUUCGGAUGGUGAAGUUGACCCAGGUACUGCACCUCAGUCUGCAGCACAGACAUGGAGAAGAAGGGUCGAAAGGAAGAACCAGGCAGCAGGAGCAGCAGCAGCAACAGGAAAAGAAAAGAAAAGAAAUGGAGAAGGUCGAGGAAGAACCAGCCACUCCUUGUGCCCUUGGAAGCUCUCCGGGUUGAGCUUCUUGACGGCGACCACCAUGCCGGCGCCGGGCUUCGUCGCGCAGAGGGUGUGCUCGUCGAUCCAGCCCUUGAAGACGGAGCCGAAUCCUCCUUCUCCGAGGAGGCUGUCAGGGCGGAAGUUCCUGGUGGCGCUGCGGAGCUCGUUGAAGGUGAAGGCCUUCACGUUGGAGGAGGAGAGGAUCUCCCCCUCCGUUCUCGGCGUGGGGAGGCUCCCACCGGAACUCUUGCCGCUGAAGGACGGCGCCGUCGAGGAGGAGCAGGCCGAGGACUUCGUCCGAGUGGACGGGAAGGAAAGCCCGGUCUUGCUGCUCGGAUUGGAGGGGUCUGUUCGUCCAUGGAGGAGAACCAGGUCAGGAAGGGAGGGCACGGAAACCCUAAUCCGAGACACCGAGGGAAAAAAAGAUAGGCACUCAUGACAUAAUUCCCGUCGAUCCAAGAAGCAGCAGGAAUUCCGGGCAACCAAAAAUCUCAAGAACAGAAGGGCACGAUUGGGCGAAUCCAAUACCUCGGAAGGCUGAGGCAAACGGGAGAUCACCAGGACGGGAGACACCGUAGAGUGAGAAACAGGGGGGAAAUCACAGACCCAGAUGAGGGAACGAACUCUCACCCGCGAGAAUUUGCGCACCAUUCGUGCUGUCCACCCGCGAAGAGGACGAUCCCUGACAGUUGCCCAUCGCGCCUUACCGCCGGCAAUCAAGGCCCCAUCUGGGCAGAUCCUCUCAAAAUCCCGCCUUCUGAUCCUCGCCCCACAACACCCAGAAAGUAAAAAAUCUAGACAGGAGCACAAUACAAAAGAGGCCUUCUCCUCCGCCGCCGCCGCCGCCACCGCGGCCUCCGUCGGUUUGUCUCUCCUACACUCCACAGUCCGAUUGGAAAGGGUCAAGAAGAAGCUGAGGAGAACCCGACACGGAGAGAGAGAGAGAGAGAGGGGCAAGGAGAAGGAAGGAUUCGUUCCGGCUGGCUCGGGUAAAAACCCACCAUCUGCGACGUGACGGAGGGGGUCACCCACGAAGCUCAUGUUCCAGGAGCGGGCCCCAACAGAGCCUGGAUAUUUCCAUGUCUACCUAAACUGCCCUUGUCCUACGCCAGAUGCCCGGGUAGCCAAAAGGAGGGGUAUUUACGGAAUCCCCUGGCCUGGAUCAGGGGCAUAAUGACGUAAACAUCGGACACGGUAACUACGAUUUCCAUUAAUGGAUAUUAUUGAUCCGCUAAGGGAUGGCUAUUAAGGUCGGUUCGGUUAUUUUUUAGGACCGCAGUCAGUUAUUUUUUUCCAUUUUUGGCCUUAAAAAUCACGUUCAAGAAAAUGGGGGCUCCUCCUUUAUCUGCCCACAGUCUCUCUCCUCAUACAAUUUCACACUCUCUCUAGGUCAACUCCGCUGACCAUGCUAAGAGUAAUUACGUGCGACGGAGCUGGCCGGAAGCAUCCCGGUGAAACAAUGGCGGGCGCCACCGGCUUGGAGAAGACUUGUUCUUGGGCGCGCAGCAGACUGUUCACGUGGAAUAUGCAGAUGACUGCGACGUGAUUGUUGUGGUCAUCGCGCGGUCACCGGCGAUCACCUACGUUGACUUUCGUUGA